GCGUAUAGUACAUACAAAGUCGGCGGCAACCCGAUCAUGGAUAUGCAUCUGUCGACAGACUACGAAUAAAACCCUCUUCCCCAAAAAGAAAUCCGAGUCUAUCACUGGCGAGACAAUCAGACAAGCUGCCUGUCGCUCAGGGCCUGACUGACCUGAUACACGAAGUCAAUCGGCCAAGCGCCGUGGGCAUCUCAGGCCAUUCCGCCCCCACGGACAUCGCCUUUCGUCUUGCCUCUUCGCCUGACGACACCUUUGUCUCUCUCUAAAUUACAACAGCUCUGCGCCGCCGCGGCGCGAUGGCGUCCUCUAGGAUAGUGCCCGUCCGGGCCGCUAUCCCCCUCUUGGUGGCUAUGAUGCUGCUGACGGGCGUCUGCAACACGCUCCUGACAAAGUACCAGGACAACGAGUGCGUGCGUGACUGCGACAACCCGGACCCCAACAAGCGGCACCUCUUCGAGCAGCCCGUGAUCCAGACGCUGCAGAUGUUUGUCGGCGAGAUGGGCUGCUGGCUAGUCGUAGCUGUCAUGUCGCUAUACAGCCGCUACGUCUCCAAGACGAAGCCCUCGUCGUCGUCGUACCAGGCCGUCAGCACCAGUGACGACAACGCUACCGCCGUGGAGGAUGAGGAGGACGACGACAGGACCGCCGCCGAUAACGCGAGUAUCCGCUCCCACACUGCGCUCACCGGCCGCCGCCGCGCCCGCUCGUCGUCGGCGUGCUCCAAAGACACCAACACCCUGGGCGGAGGCGGCGGCAGCCAAGUGCUGCGCGGGUGGCGCGUGCUGCUGCUGUCGCUGCCGGCCAUCUGCGACAUCCUGGGCACGACGCUCAUGAACGCCGGCCUGCCGCUGGUGGCGGCCUCCAUCUACCAGAUGACGCGCGGGGCGCUGGUGCUGUUUGUGGGGCUGUUCAGCGUCGUGUUCCUGCGGCGGCGGCUGCACCUGUUCCAGUGGCUGUCGCUGGUGGGUGUUGUGGCGGGCGUGGCCGUGGUGGGGCUGGCCGGCUACAUCCAGCCCGAUAAGAAGAACGCGGCCGACCCGGGCCCCGGCGGCGAGCCCGUGGCCGUCGAUCCGCUGGGCGUGCUGAUCGGCGUGCUCAUGAUCGCCGGCGCCCAGAUCUUCACGGCCACGCAGUUCGUGCUCGAGGAGUGGAUCCUCGAGCGCUCCGCCAUCGAGCCCAUCCGCGUCGUCGGCUGGGAGGGCCUGUUCGGCUUCUCUGUCACUCUGCUCGGCAUGAUCGUGCUGCACCUGGCCAUCGGCCGCACCCCCGCCGGCCAUAAGGGCAUCUUCGACAUGGUCGAGGGCUGGCGCCAGUUCUGGACCUACCGGCCCAUCUUUGUGUCGAGCGUCUUGAUCAUGAUCAGCAUUGGCGGAUUCAACUUCUUCGGCCUCUCGGUCACGCGCAGCGUCAGCGCCACGUCGCGGUCCACCAUCGACACGUGCCGCACCCUCUUCAUCUGGAUCGUGUCGCUCGGCCUCGGCUGGGAGACAUUCAAGUGGCUGCAGGUCGCCGGCUUCGUCCUGCUCGUCUACUUCACUUUCCUCUUCAACGGCAUCGUCCAGCCGCCCUUUGCCUUCCUCAAGGUUCGCGAGGUCGAGGAGCUGCUCCCCGAGGAGCCCAUCGAGCAUAACUAGGUGGGGGUAGUGGGUAUUUUUUGUUUUUAGGAGUUUGAUCAUGUGUAUAUAAAUAAGCUACUCAGAAGGAAAGCCUCCAUGCAAGCUCGGAGAUUUAUAUAAUAUUUCCUCUACUCUAGGAGAGACCUCUGCAAGCAAAUUCGCCUUGUAUAGGUCGCCCCUAUAGCAGAUGAAAUAGUAUAUAAAUCCCUGCGUUUAUGCGGGGGCUUUCCUUCUAAGAGCAGUUUUUUGCUUGAUCUUCUUUUCUUUUGGAUACACGUAUUUCCUAUCAUCUGAGACGGGCGUUUGUGAAAUAUUGCUAUAGGUCAUAGGCAAUAGAGCGGCGUCUGCAUCUGGAAUGACUUUAUCCUCGCCUCACAUCUUUGUUUGUCGGCCGUUGCUUUCUGCCUUGUUGCUCUUCGGGUCAUGGGAGUUACGGAGUCUUUGAAUCUUAUCGUGGGUUGUUGACUUUCUCUCUUUUUUUCUUCCCUUU